AUGUGCAUAGUCGCGUGUCUGUAUCAGGACAGGUGGUUAUGUGUGUACUGUAGAAAGUGUGAGGUGUAUGUAAAUAUACAUGUAGAAAAAAUUGAUAUAAUUGGGACGGCUCAUCUUUAAUGUUUUCUGGUUUAAACUGGAAUCUGUGGUCUUGUUAACAUAAUCAACUUAUUGUGGAGAAGAAUGCGGAUACCAGGAUCGGUUGCCAUAGUAACUGGAGGAGCACGUGGAUUCGGGAAGGCUUUCACUGAGGAGCUAUUAAAGAGAGGAGCCAGAGUAUGUUUUGCUGACGUCAAUGUCACUGAAGGCUUGCAGACAGAACAAUCGUUUAAAGCAACCUAUGGGGAAGAUAACUCUAUGUUUGUUAAAUGUGAUGUUACAAGUGAAACGGACUUCAACGGACUAUGGAAGACCGCACUUGAAAAAUUUAAAUCUGUUGAUUUGAUGGUAAACAAUGCUGGUAUAUUAAAUGAAAAUAUACCACAGAAGACUAUAGAAGUUAAUCUAUUGGGAGCGAUGCGAGGGACAGAUCUUGCCAUUAAAUAUAUGAGAAAAGACCAAGGUGGAAAUGGAGGUCUUAUUGUUAAUGUUGCUUCAACGGGAGGAUUAUUUCCGGUUUUCUUCAUGCCGGCAUAUGCAGCAUCAAAAUAUGGUGUAGUUGGAUAUACAAGAAGUUGGGCGGCGAACCCGUCCUGUCAGGAGUACGGUUUAAGUUUUGCGUGCUUGUGUCCGGCAUUUAGCGAAACUAAUAUGUUAUCUGACGCAUUAAAUGAUGACCCACCUCUCGUAUCGUAUCACGAGAACAAGACUCAGGUACAAGAAAUUAUACAGGGGAUAGGUGUUAACAAAAUUGACGAUGUGACGAAGGCUUUUAUUGAACUGGUAGAGAAGGAAGAUAAUAACGGAGCGGUUGUUACCAUAGAGCAAAGUCGAGGAACUAUUUAUAGAUUUACAAAACAUCCGCAUAAACUUUGAACAAAAGUAGUCCCUAUGUGUCACGUGGUAUUCUAGAACCAAAACCCGGAUUCAAAAUGUUUUUAAGAGAUAUUACAAAAUUUGUGACUUGUGGUAUUGUAGGGUAAAUAAAAAUAAAUGUCACUUGGUAUUCCAAAAAAGGUCAGUGUCUCUAAGUUUCUGGGGAAAAAACGUUGGAUGAAGUAUUCAAUAAAAACAUUCUUAAAAAGCGUGGCAUGCAAAAAUUUACUGUCACAUAUUUAUCUUAAAUUCGGUUGACAUGUAAUAUUGUGUACAGACAUUUCGAACAAGAAUUCAUAGUGAUACAUUUAUUUGAAUUUAGAUUUUAUACUAUUUUUGUGUAUUUAUUAAAGCUUUUAUUGAGAAUUUGUAAAUAUAUGAUAAUAUAAUAUAUAGUUUUAAGUAUAAAGAUUUGACAGGUUAUAUGUCCGAAUACAAAGGGUUAUAUGUUUAUAUAACCAAAAGCUGCUGGGCUGGGGUUAUAUUGCAAUCUACCAUUUAUACACGGUCAUAUAUAACCUGUCAACAUUUUUUUUAUACAAAACAUUUUUUUUAGAUAAAAAUUCUUAUUUCAUAAAUAAACAACAGUCAUGUAGUAUACAGUAUAUAUUCUAUAAAAGUCAAGGUUAUCCAAUGAAAAUCGAUGCUAAAAAUAAGCAGUAUUAUUCUAUAAUUGAAUAUAAAUUCAUUUUAGCUCCAUUUUUCGGAGAUGGGGGUGGGGGCGGGUGGAGCUUUUUUCAAGACCGAUUCGACGGCGUUGGCGUUGAUUUAUCUUUUUAUCUAACUUAUUGGGUUAAGUUUUAAUUAAGUUUUCGUUCAUGAUCUUUACUUUCAAUACAAACAACGCUGUGACAUUAAAACUUACCUGUCAUACCCAUUUUUCAGUUCAAAAGGACAAAGGUCAGAGGUCAAGGUGACUCGGAACCAUAAAAUGUCACAUAAUAUUAAAUUUAAGUGCAAUUAACUAUCAAGCACCGAAAAAGGUAGAGCGCCCUUCUCCUAGGACAGCUCCUGUUAAAUUGUUUUCUACUUGUGGUUAGUUUAAAUAGAGUUUUUAUAAUGUACAUGUACGUCGUUUAUGUGAAUGCUGAGAAAAGAGUAAUGUCUCGUAUGUUAUUAUGGUGCUAUACAAUAAUAUAUAAAUAUUUAUUUAUUGUGCAAAUUUCAUUGUAUUGAAAUUGUUUUGCCUCCAUACUGUACAUGUAUAGCGUUACGUAGCUCCCUAAUGAAUAUAAUCAGCAUUAAUAAAUGAAUUUAAAUGUA